AUGCACGGCGAGAUCCCCAAUCACCCGCCAUCGACUGGCAGAACUCGAGACGAGGAGUUCGACUUCGGUGACGGCUCUCUCAUACUCGCCGUUCAGGGGGUGGAGUUUAGGGUCCACAUCAGUAUCCUCUCCAGGUACUCUCCCGUAUUCAAAGAUAUGACCGUCUUCGGCACGAACUCGAUGGCGACCGGUGUUGAAGCCACGAUGCAGACGCCGUCUCCGGUUGUUGAGCUACAGGACUCCGCCCGAGACUGGCGCCACGUUCUCCGCGCCGUAUACCAGGCUCAUCCCCUAUCCAGACUUCGCGACGUGAACAACCCGGAGAGUUGGUGCCCCGACUUCGACACCCUCGCCGCCUACAUCCGUCUGGGGAACAAGUACCAGAUGGAUGAGCUGCACAAUCCGGCCAUGGAGUAUGUCGAGGGCUACUUUUCCCCGACCUUCGAAACUUGGAAAGAGGUCAACCGGCGCGACCAUAUCUACACCCUCCCCGGGUGCGCGCCCGAGUGCGCGAUCGGCAUCGUGAACCUCGCCCGGCUUGUCGGGAACACCUCGCUGCUGCCGCUUGCACUGCUCUGCUGCAGCCAGCUCGGCCGGAAGCUCCUGGACGGGUUCGUGUACCGCGACGGGGAGCACGAAACCUUACGGUGGCGGACUUUGCGCUCUGCCUCAAUCACGCACGGGGAUCGAGUGCACGGGAGUGGCACAAUGCACGACGCGCCAUGCGCCACCACCAUAGAGCGAAUGACGAACGACUUCCAUCUUGAGGCAGACUGGCGGCACCCGGUCUCGCCUACCCCCUUCGUGCAGCCGGACUUGGAGAUGAUUUGCGAUUCUUGCCGCGACUCGAUUGCGGCAGAGUGCGACGCAUAUAACCGCGGCACCUCUCCGCGCUGGAGUCAUUUUUUGAACCCGAAGCUGAAGAUCACUGAGAACUGGUGGUUUAACGACGGGACCCUCAUACUCAUCGUCGAAGACGUCGAAUUUCGCGUCUAUCACGGUAUCCUAGCGCGCCAUUCCCCAGUAUUCAAGGACAUGCUCUCCUCCCCCGGCCCCCACCAGACUCUCGCACGUCCGCCGGAUUUCUCGGACACAACAGUGGUGACGGAGGGUGGCAUCCCAGCCGUGGCACUCGAGGACUCCGCGCGGGACUGGUGGUACGUCCUCGGGGCGUUGAUGGGCGGGCAUCCGGCAUCUCGCGUCUGGCACUCUCAGACCGCGAUGCUGACGAGCGAGGAGCUGUUCGCGUUCGUCCGGCUCGGGCACAAGUACCAGAUCGACGCGCUCUACCAGCCCGGGGUGGACCUCCUCAAGCACCACUUCCCCGCGCGCGCGCGGGUGGGAGGCCCUCAUGUGGUCGCAGAGGCGCACGCGCUCGGGUUCGACGCCGCGCACGCGCUCGGGGUCGCCAACCUCGCGCGCCUCACCGGAGAGGUCGCGCUUCUCCCGGCGCUGCUUCAAGAGAGCGGUUACGCAUGGCUUGCCGAAAAGUCCCUGUCCUGCUACAUGGCAUCUGAUCGCCUCGCGGCGGACCCGUUCUUAGAGGGCGUCGAACUUCGGGAAGACUGGAAAGGCACCGCGAAGGAAGUGGGAGGAGAGGCUUGGUCUGGCGUCGUGCGGAGACUGGAUGAGGCACGAGAGAACGUGUGGGGAAUCUUGCCAUCGCUUUUCGGGAUCGAGGUCAUGGACUGGAACGCGCGCCCGGAAUAG